AUGCACUUCGUCUUCUAUUAUUUCCUGGGGAAGCCGCCUCCACCAGGGUCACCGUGGCCUGCUCCGCAGUUAUUGUACAGUUCUCCGAGGCAGCGAUUGGUGAACCCGGACAUCGUAUUCGUCUCCAGUGCGGCCAGCGGUUCCGACGUCCUGGCGAAAGCCUUCGACCGAUACAGAACGUUGAUAUUUUACAAGCCAUGUGGGCCUUACCCUUACGACAGCAGUUCCGAGAGACUGACCAUACUAUAUGUCGACGUUCUCAAGCCUUAUGACGAAAGAUAUCCCAAACAAGGGGACGCCGAGAACUAUACCUUGGAAAUUCCUGAGGUCGGACCCGCAGUGCUUGAGGCGGAAACUGUUUGGGGAGCACUACGUGGACUUGAAACAUUUAGCCAGCUGGUGCACAUAAAUGCUGAAGAAAACGCUUUCGUGGUCAACGUGACGUCAGUUGUGGACUACCCAACUUACUGCUACAGAGGAAUUCUUCUCGACAGCGCCAGGCACUUUUUACCUCUCAAGAUCCUCAAACAGAAUUUGGAUGCUAUGUCUUACAACAAGUUCAAUGUUUUCCACUGGCACAUUGUAGACGAUCAGUCCUGGCCUCUAGCGAUGGUUACUUACCCUAACCUCACCCAAAGUGCGUACACGCCCCGGCACAUCUACAGUCUAGAAGAAGUGCAGGACGUGAUUGAGUACGCUCGGUUGCGAGGCAUUCGCGUGAUUCCCGAAAUCGACAGUCCUGGACACACGGGAGCCCUCGGCAAGGCGUUUCCAAACAUAUUAUCUCACUGCUAUAAAAAUGGCAAGCGUGACACACCCGACUAUCCGGAACACGCUGCCCGUGAAAAUUUAGACCCCACCAACCCCCACACGUACCAAGUCAUGACGAAUAUUUUUAGAGAAAUCAGGAACGUCUUCAAAGAUGAGUAUAUCCACCUUGGAAUGGACGAGGUCUACUACGCUUGCUGGAAAUCCAGCCCCGAAAUACGGAGAUUCAUGGAGGCCCACAAUUUCACGUCCAUAAGUCAGGUGGAAGAAUUCUACGUCACGAGAACUCUCAGCAACGUGAAGAGGUUGGGAAGUAAAUACAUCAUUUGGCAAGAUCCCAUCGAAAACUACGUUCAGGUGGACCGAGACACGCUGGUGCAAUUGUGGAAGGGCGACUGGAAACAGAUCGCCAGACGCCUCGCCCGGAAAGGCCACAAGAUGGUGGUGUCGACCUUCUGGUACCUCGACUACAUCAGCUACGCCGCCGACUGGAAGAAGUACUACACAGCCGACCCCCGGAACUUUAGCGGGACGGAGAGUGAAAAGCAACUGGUGGUGGGCGGAGAAGCCUGCCUGUGGAGCGAGUAUGUGGACGCGACCAACCUGAUCGCUCGACUCUGGCCCCGGGCUUCGGCGGUAGCCGAGCGUCUCUGGAGCAGCCCCAGUGUCAAUGACGUCGAAGAGGCCAAGUACAGGCUGGACGAGCACAGGUGCAGGAUGCGGAGGCGGGGCAUUGCAGCACAGCCCAUCCUCAACGGAUUCUGUGGAGAUGAGGACUUCGACUAGAUCAACAACUGAACUC